AUGGAUCUUUGUGGUGUGUGCCGACAAGGUGUCGACGAUUCAAACCCUCCUCGAUCCUCGAGUACCCGUCCUUCGAGAUAUCAGGGCGGUCUCGCGCUAUGGGUCGGCAACAUCCCCCAAAACACCACCGUCAUGAGUCUGCGCGACUACUUUUCCGAACCCGCCCCGUGCGACCUGCUCAGCGUCUCGUACAACCCGGACGCCCGAUACGCUUUUGUCAAUUUCAGCUCCGAGGCCGCGCGGCUCGCGGCCAUCAGGCUCGCGGGCUCUCGGCUUUUCGACGGCAGGCGUCUGGACUGCCGCAUCCGCCACGAGUUUCGGGGGAGGUCGACCAAGGUCAACUACGGACUCAACACCAGCACAAACAAGGCGCUCCUCACCUCAUCGAGUCCGGUCCGCUGUGACAGGGCGAAAUCUCUGCGCAGCAAGGUCGAAGAAUUUACGCAUUUCCCCGAGGCGGACAGGUCGUCGUGGGGCAAGGAGAAGUACUUCAUCCUCAAGAGCUUCUCGCUGGAUGCCCUGUACCAGAGCCUCGAGACUGGCCGGUGGCACGUACCGAAGCGGCACGUCGAGCGAUUGAACCAUGCCUAUCAGACAGCCAGCAAAGUCUACCUGAUCUUCUCCGUCAACGGCUCGGGCUGUUUCUUCGGGUAUGCGGUCAUGCGCUCCGAGAUUCGCGUCGAGGACGACGACCUCAUCCCAUUCGGCGACGAAGUGCACGUAAUAUCGCCGCACGGCUUCGAGGUCGAGGACGACUCCGGGGCGAGCCAGCCCGAAUUCGAAUGCGACGCACAGCCCACCGCGGUGAGGUCGAGGACGGAGUCACUGGCAUCGUCUGACUCGACGAUGACAUGCUCCUCGACGGCUUCGUGGUCGUCGUUGUCGCCAUCCUCCUCGGUCUCGUCCGGCUCCAUCAUCUACCAACCCGAACGACGGAGGAUAAUUUGGGAGGCGUCCUGGCCACCGAGAACCACUCCGAGGGAAACCGUCUCGACGGAAGAAGAUCUGCACACAAACUCGCCAACAGGGUCCCUCUCAGUCUCGGAGAUUCACCCGCAGCCGCAGCCCCUGCCAUGGCCGGUUGGUAGAACCGAUCCGCACUCCCUAUCGACCCUGACCGCGACCGCAACCACACUCUCCAACCGGACAGAAUCGCCUGAUGAUAUGGCAUCCCGAUUCACCGCCACCGCCAACGGCGAUUCCGACGCAUCAUCGUCGUCGUCCUUCCUCGCCACGCUCGACCGCUUCAGCAGCCCCUGCCGCAUCAAGUGGCUGUGCGCCCAGAGCCUGCCCUUCGCGGCGGUGCGCGGCCUGACAAACCCCUGGAACGCCGACAAGGAGGUCCACGUCGCGCGCAACGUCACCCCCGUCGAGCCGACCGUCGCGGCGCGGCUGUUGGAGUCUUGGGGCACGGCCACCGCUGCGUCGAGGUCUACCUUUGGAUCUGGCUCUCGAUUAGGAUCGGGAGCGGGAUCGGGAUCCACGAGCGAGGUGGGCGUGACGAGCAGAGGAUAA